AUUUCGCCACGAAAGCAAAACAAAUUUUACAUCAUCAGUGAUAAAUAACAAAAUCUCAACCCUGCGAGUUGGAAAAAUGGUGGCAGGACUAGACCAAACUGUUGGAAUGGCCAUGAUGGGAUUUGCUGGUGCAAUAUUUGCCUACUACACCAUCUGGGUCAUCGUUCUGCCAUUUGUGGAUGCAGAUCACAUAGUGCAUCAAUACUUUCUGCCAAGAAUGUAUGCUGUCACUUUACCACUAUUAGCUGGUGUCGCCCUACUUGCAUUCAUAGGUGCGUUUGUGCUAUACAUGACAAAUAAAUCAAAGAAACCAAAAGAAAAGAGCAGCUGAUAUAAACAACAA